GCAAUUGCUUUGGUGUAAUGUUGGUUGCCUAACUUUUACGGUUGCAAACAGAAGCAGCGUGUUUUUUGUUCAUCAGCUGGUCGUAUCAGAUUCACCUCGAAGGGAUUAGAAUAAUAUUAAUUUAAAUCUUACUCACUGCGUUUCGGUUUUGUUGUAAUCAUGGCGUGUAGGAAACUCGUCACGUUGUUGGGCUAUGAAGAUGAGCCUGUCAACGAGAAAAACAAAUCACUCGCGAACUUCACAACGAACAAAGUGGGAGGUCGACCUGAUGUGAGCACAGAAAAUUCACACUUUGAAGCACCAAAUUGUUCAUUGUGUCAAUUACCACGUCUGCUCAUCGUGCAAAUCUACGCUCCAAUCGAAAACUCAACAUAUCACCGCACUCUCUACGUCUUCGCCUGUGUUAAUCCCAACUGUUGGAAUCAGAAUGACAGUUGGAUUUGUCUUCGUGCUCAACAUUUAGACCCAUCUGCAUCUACAGCCACAACAACUUCCGCUGUUGAAGCCAAAGUAUUGAAAACAACCGACUGGUGCGCAGACGCAGAUGAUUGGGACGAUGACAAUUCGAAUUUCGAAGAAAAUGGUAACGUGGUUAACAAAUCAGACGAUGACGACGAAAGUGCCAGCUUAGAUGACUCCAUCCGCAUGGGUUUGGAACAAAUGGGCGUCGAUGACAAUGAUAAAAACGCAAACGCAUGUCUUGCAGAAGCCCAAGGUGGAGCUGUUGGAACUAUACAAUCACCAACACCAAGCGCUGAAAUAGAGGGCGCUGAAGGCGAAGCAGUGUGCAUUGACACUCCGACAUACCCCCAGCGUGACAUCAGCGCCAUUUUGAAUGAAACGCAUGUUUUACCGCAGGAAAUCUUCCGUGGACAAGCUCCACCGCAAUUCGACGCGUUUUUCAUGAGUGUUUACGAGGAACAGGAGCCGCAACACUUUGUCGAUCGCCAUGUGCGUGAAUUACUGCAAGAAUAUCAAGCGAAUAAUGAUGAUAUUAAUUUUGCAAGCGAAGGUGGUGGUGGAGUUAAAAUGCCGGCUGAUUCCGGCGGUGCUGGGGAGUUGACACUUGAAAAAUAUGAGAAGACUCAUCCAGCACACGGUGAUAAAAUGUUUCAUUAUUAUUUAACUAAGAUACGUGAAAAUCCCGGACAUUUUCUAAGGUAUAGUCGUGGUGCGAAUGGUUUACUACUAUAUCCUCUACAAGAAUCCAUGAAAAGGUGCAAGUACUGCCAAGGUGACAUGAUUUUCGAGUUUCAAUUACUACCGACGUUGAUUCCUCUACUGAAAUUAUCCGGAGAUCAAUCGGAUGCGACCCGGAUAGAAUUCGGUAAUGUUUUGGUUUUCACUUGCAGCAAAAGUUGUUGGUUUGGUGAUGCUCUGCGACAGGAAUACGUUGUCGUACAGUCUGAGAAUAUCUAAUGUAAUAAUAAUGUAAUAUCUAACGCCUCGUUCGGCGUUCGUACUUCAUCUCAACUAAUUAUUGCCGUAUAUGACGUAUAAACUUAACAUUUAUCAUAAUCUUCAUAUUGAAAUGAUAUGUAAGCCACAUAAACCACUUGCUAGUGAUGUACAACAUUGAUAAACGUUUAUAAUAGUCACAUAUGCCGUAUAAUAAAUGUCUACUACGUUAAAACAAAGGAAA